CCGGUCCGGACAGCCGGGUGCUUCCGGCCGGAAGGGGCUCCCUGAGCGGGGCGGGGGGGGGGGCGGAUCUGAAAGGAAGUCCCGCCUCUGCCGCGCCACCAACGCCGCGGACGCCGCCGCGUACCUGGCCGGGUCCCGGAGGGGCCCGGGCAGAUCUGAAUCCAGAGCUGCCAUGAUUGAAGUGGUAGCUGAGUUGAGCCGAGGUCCUGUAUUUCUGGCGGGGGAGGCACUGGAGUGUGUGGUAACCGUCACCAACCCUUUACCUCCUACAGCCACUUCUGCAUCCAGUGAGGCUCUGGCUUGGGCCAGUGCCCAGAUCCACUGCCAGUUCCAUGCCAGUGAAAGUCGAGUAGCACUGCCUCCCCCUGAUUCUAGUCAGCCAGAUGUCCAGCCUGACAGUCAGACUGUGUUUCUGCCACACCGAGGUGAGAGAGGUCAGUGUAUCCUUUCUACUCCACCAAAAAUUCUAUUUUGUGACCUGAGGCUAGACCCUGGAGAGUCCAAAUCAUACUCCUACAGUGAAGUGCUGCCCAUUGAGGGACCACCCUCCUUUCGGGGUCAGUCGGUCAAGUACGUCUACAAACUGACUAUUGGCUGCCAGCGUGUCAACUCACCCAUCACUUUACUUAGGGUCCCUUUGAGGGUUCUUGUACUGACUGGCCUUCAAGAUGUCCGGUUUCCCCAGGAUGAGGCUGUAGCCCCAUCUAGUCCAUUCUUAGAGGAGGAUGAGGGUGGCAAGAAGGACUCAUGGCUUGCUGAGCUAGCUGGGGAGCGUCUCAUGGCUGCCACAUCCUGCCGUAGCCUCCAUCUGUAUAAUAUCAGUGAUGGUCGAGGGAAAGUUGGGACAUUUGGCAUCUUCAAAUCUGUGUACAGACUUGGCGAGGACGUGGUGGGAACCUUAAACUUAGGGGAAGGAACUGUAGCUUGUUUGCAGUUUUCAGUAAGCUUACAGACCGAGGAACGGGUACAGCCUGAAUACCAGCGGCGCCGGGGGACAGGGGGUGCUCCCUCUGUGUCCCAUGUGACUCAUGCCCGGCACCAGGAGUCCUGCUUACAUACUACCAGAACCAGCUUCUCUCUCCCCAUCCCUCUCAGCUCUACCCCAGGCUUCUGCACUGCCAUUGUGUCCCUGAAGUGGCGACUGCAUUUUGAAUUUGUAACAUCCCGAGAACCAGGAUUGGUACUCUUGCCCCCUGUGGAACAACCUGAACCUGCUACCUGGACAGGUCCUGAGCAAGUGCCUGUAGACACCUUCAGCUGGGAUCUUCCCAUCAAGGUGCUGCCUACAAGCCCAACCCUGGCCUCAUAUGCUGCUCCAGGCCCCAGCACCAGCACCAUAACCAUCUGAAACUGGCCCAUCUACCCACCAUGACACUAGCUUCUUCAAGAUUCUGAGAACUUAGCAUGUGGACUCUAGCUGGAAUCCACUUUUUCCACCUAGGACCUAAUAGCACAGACAAUUGAGAGGCAGUCUGGGCUGGGAGUGUAGCUCAGUGGUAGAGCAUUUGUCUAGCAUGUGCAAGGCCCUGGGUUCAAUCCCAGCACGGGGCGGGGCGGGGGGGGGGCGGAUAUAUAUAUAUAUAUAUAUAUAAAGAGAGAGAGAGAAAGAGGCAGGCUUUCAGCUAUAGCAUUAAUUUAUUUAUUCAGAAUAAAUUGGCAGCUGCUAGUGGUUUCCCUGGAAGUGGCAACAGCAGUGAGCAGUCUGCAGACAGGUGAUCAGUUGAGUUUAGCCGGAGUGAGGAGCAGGAAUCCCAGGAACAGGGGUGUUAGCUGAGCCCCACUCUGGGUCGGGUCCUCCCCCUUUGCAGGGCAGCCGAGGGUCUGAUUUUUGCACCAGGGAGAACUGGCAGGUUCCUGCCUCUUGACGUACCUCACACUCAGCAGGGAAGUCGAUGGGGUGCUGAGACCUAGGGAACCAAGGAUGGGGAAAGAGCUCACAGUAAAAGCCCACCUUUAUGGUACCCCCAUUCUUUCUCACUGCUGCUGUCUUCCUAUAUCUUCUUCACCUACUAUACAAGAACUUUUGGGCUGUGUGCAGGAGUAUUUUCCUUCUAGAUCUGCUUCCACCUCCCUGACUUUGUGGCUUGAAGCUUUAUCUUUCUCAUUCUUGUACGUACUUUCAGGUCUGGCCAGUCUCAUACUGCCCUUCUAUUCAUUCUUACCUCAUAGCAAUCUAAUCACUCCCUGGCCUUCCCUCAGUCACUCACAUCAGAGGCAUUCCCUCUGGCCAUUCUUGGUUACUCACGUGUCACAGCAGCCCACACCAACAGGAUGCAGACAGGUGCAAUGGAAACAAUCCUUGCGGAGCCAAGACUCACCCAAGGUGAAAUAUUUCCCCUCAUAGUGACAGGGGGCUAGGGAAGAAUGAGAAAUGUUAGUAGGCAUGGGAGGGGUGACAGCAGACAGUCUCUUCUGGUCUGAGGUUGGAGAGAGUCUGUUCAUACUAUCCCUAUAUUUAAUCUUUCUGUCCUGUUUCACAGCUAAAAGGAAUCUGAGUAAUUUGAUUAGCAUCAUCUGUAAAGCCCUCAUCAUCACCCCCAAGCCCAUUCCUUAUUCUUUGAUUUACUCAAGUCUCAACCCACUUUACCUUGAGCUUGGAAGUAACACUUGCUGUGGACUCCUGGGUACUGCAAGAAAAGAGACAUCACCAAACAGAUGAUCCCCCAGCCUCCUAGGAUCCCUUUGGUCUGUCCAGCCCAGAGCAUCCUCAGAGCCAUUCUUGCAGCACUGCCCUCUUGGACCCUUCUUAGCUUCUGUUCAGGAUACUCUGAUCUUGUCCUUUUGGCUCUUCUUUGCUUUGCUCCUUGAGUCUUUAGUUUUGCUGUUUUUCCCUGGCCUCCUAUCUCACACCAUCUCCUUGCCCUCUGCUCUCACAGGCUGGGAUGUUUAUAAAGUGAGGACCCUGGCCCCCUGCUGAGUAGAGCUGGAACCGCUGUAACUCUGUUUCCUGAGGUGAGGGCAUGAAAACAAGAGGUCCAGCUUUAACAAGCUGUGAGAGCUGAUUCAUGCCCCAGCACGGCUAGAAGGAGGGAGGUGGCUGUGGAAGGGGCACUGGACUGGGCAGUUCCCCAAGCAAGGAGGUGGGAGGGGUGAGAGCUCCAGGUGGUCCCAGAUCUCCCUGAAAUGGAGAGAGGAAACAUUCCACCUUCCCCCACCCCACCCUCCACUACCACCACCAGGAGUGUGUGUGCUGGGAUCCCUGCCUGAACCGGAGGGAGGUAUUUCCUGGGGAUGGCUAAUUCUGUGCCCUCGCCAAACCAAGGAGCUACAGCAGGGUGCAACAGCCAGAGGCUCCAGGAGAGCGAACAGGCACCUGGAGUGGAGAGCCUGUUUCCUUCAGAUCCUGGGGCAGGUUUUCUUUGAUGCGUUCAAGAAACAGGGCUGCCCUUCAGAGAUGUUGGGAGUGAGGGGUGUUUUCCUCAGGCAUCCCAGAGAUGAGCUAUCCAUAAUUUAUCACCCGCAAACAUAAAGCAGCUGCUGUAAGACUGCCUCAUGUCUGGGGAUACUUCUGUUCCCAUUUCAAAGAGGAGCAUUUUCUCUAGGCACCCUAAUCACCUGCUUGAAUCACCUGUUUUACAGAGGGGCCCCAUCUUUAUUCAGGGUGGAAUGAGGCUUCAGGAAUUUAUCUUUUGGCAUUCUCCUUUGAGUUUCCUUCAGGUUCUGAAGGACUCAGAUGGGUGAUUGAGAAUGUAGGCCAAAGAGAUAGGCUACUGGGAUUCAGAUCCUGACUUAUUAGCCAUGUGACUUUGGGCAAGUUACUUCAUCUCUCUCAGCCUAUUUCCUCAUCUAUAAGUCAGGGAUAGUAACGCCACAUCAUAGAGUUGUUAUGCAAUAGCAUAGGGAAUAUUCUUAGCACCGUCUGGCACAUAGCUACUGUAUUGGUGCUAAAGCUCACAGACAAAAUGGGUGACAUUCUUUACUUUGAAUGACACGGAGUAGCUCUGUGCACAGCUGAGGUCAUCUGUUGAGGACUGCUCUCUCACAGCCAACUUCUUCCCUUUCAUGUAUAUGCUCUGUGUUAUCCCUACCACCUCCUUCAAACAUGCAUCCAGGAAUAUUUUGAUUUGGGUCCUAAUAUUGAAUUCUAAGUGUCUGGUUUGAAAAACAAUGUUGUUGAUCAACCUGCUUUUUCCUCAUAUCAGUGCCCUCAUAUCUUGCCUGGGAAGAGGUGUUCUUAUUUCUUUCCGGCUAACUUUAGAGCUUCUACUUUUUUUUUCAUUAGGAUUCUGAUCCAUUUCUUCCCAUCCACACUGAAGUGGCUGCUCAAGUUCUAUGUUCUGAUCACUCUAAUAUUAGCUUUCUUUUUGGUACUAAAGGCCCUGGUCAAACUGGAUUUCUUUGACUUUUCCACACUUUGAAGGCCCAUGCUCCAGCUCUUCCCCUCCUACGCAUGGGGCUGAUCACUGCCAUUGUUACCAUUUUUCCUCCUAAAUGUCUGCUUCCAUUUACUUCAAGACUUACUCUGUCACCUGUAGGUACAACUACUUCUGGCAAACUUUUUCAGAGGACCACCCUGUCUGUCAACAUCCUCUCCAUUCAGAAAUGACUUUCAGUGCACUUCAAACUCCCUAGCAAUCCUCUUCCAAAAUAUUCUUUCAGAGGAGUGCCAAGAUAAGAAAGAAAAACUCACAAUUGCAGCAGGGUGCCCUGAGGUAGGCUGGUGUGUGGAAUACCAUGGCCUGCGACUGCUCACUUGGUUGGAGCCCCGGAAUUAGAAGCCCUAUCUGGCACAAAGGCCCAGAAGUCUUGUCAAUUGUCAGUAUCUCUGCGGCUAUCUUUGGUGGGGUCCAGCCAAUGUCCAGGAAGCUGAGCCAUAGACUAUAACCUGGGGCCGACUCCAUAGGGGGCAGGCGUGAGUGGAGAGCGGGAGUGCAUGGAGGUGGCGGUUGUGAUGCUGGAAGGUGAAGGGGCCUAUUAUUCAUUGGUGUGUGAGGUUAUGGAUACAGGAAAAAUGAGGGUUUUCGCCUGCAAUGGACAUGCGGUCAGUAUAUAGGGGCAGGAAUAGGGGGCUUUUGGGAAAGAGGCUUGGUGAGCCAGGAUUCCUCUCCCAGAAGUUAGAGGGGUGGGUGUGGAGGUGUUGGUUGAUCCAAGUAUGCAUUCCUAUUAGUAUGUCCAUGUGUAGGGAGUGUCAGUGCUUGGGGUCCAGCCCUCUGAGUCCCAGGGAAAUGGCCAUUUGGGGCACUAGUGGCGGGGGGCACAGUGGUUGGCAUGCACUGCCAGCGCAGGAAUAAGGAAAACAUCCGCCGGAGGCCCAACCGGGCAGCGCUCCAGCAGAGCCGGCAGGUGCGCGGGAUGAGGAAGUGAGCACAUUCCGGCUCCUUCUCGGCCACCCGCCUUUCAGUGAGUCACUGCGGACCCCCGCUGGCCUGCAGCCGGAUUGGAGCCACCAACUCCCGGGCCAGGAGGGAGAGAGCAGCGGCCUUUGGGGAUGGUGGCACCUGGAGAUUUGGGAGCCUGGACCCCAGAAGGAUCAUGGAAAAGCCCAGAAACCAUGGGGGAGGGGUAUCUGUGCGGACAGUGUCCUGUUGGUACAAGGGCAAACCGCAAAGCACGCUGAGUAUGUAGCUUGUGACUGAAUGGAGUUUCUUGGGAUGAAAGUCUCUGGGAGAACUUCAUGUACUGGGAGAGGCCUUAGAAAACUCACACAGAGAAAAGGGCCCUGGGGAAAACCUAGAAUCUUGAGGAGGUACUCAGAAAGGGAAGAGGAGCCCUAGGACUGCAGUACCAAGAAGAAACUCCAGGUUGGGCCUUAGAGAACUGAGAGACUCAGUGCAAGGAAAGAUACUCAUCAGAUGAGAGGUGGAACUGGCUAGUCCCCUCCAGAGACCUGUGUGGACAGGGGAGGUUAGGCAACAAUUGUGAUUUGGUCAUUGAAGGCUUUUAGUACCAGGAUGAAGAAAGUCUAUUUGGCCUCCCAGGUAGAAAAAACCAUCAUUGGUCUGUGUCAGAAAGAGGUGGCUGAAAUGCAAAAUUAUGUGUCCAGCAUUAUUGCCUGCCAUUCAGUUUUUGCCAAAGAAAUUAAGCAUUAAUCUCAUUUUUAUAGUCAUUUGAAAUUGCAUGAGUAUAUCUAUCAUGAUUAAGUAAAUUUUUUGAAUUUUAAAAACAAAAUUUUAAAUAAAAUUGAAAAGUUGAAAAAUGA